UUGGCUUUGACAUAAAUUAUGUCCGUGAGUGUAGAGAGUGUGUUUGAAGUAUUGAGAAGAGCAACGAGUCAGUCCCUCGAGUUGCUCAGACCUGCAGAGCAGCAACUAAAGGAAUGGGAAUGUUGUCCAGGAUUUUACUCCAGUCUCUUUGCUGUCUUCUCGGAUGCUUCACUGCCUCUUAAUGUGCGCUUUCUUGCAAUUUUGUAUAUCAAAAAUGGAGUGGACAGAUACUGGAGGAAGACAGCUAGGGAUGCUUUGCAAGAAUCAGAAAAAUCAGUUAUUCGGACACGCCUGACUGUUUGUAUUAACGAGCCUCAUCAUCAGUUAGCAACUCAACUGUCUGUUCUUAUUGCCCGUAUUGCUCGUCUUGACUGUCCUCAUCAUUGGCCUCAGCUGUUGCCGUGUUUGCUGGAUGGAGUUCGAAGUGAUGAGUCUCUUACUCAACAACGAUCUCUUUUGGUGAUGAAACAUGUCAUUGCAUCAUUAGCCUCAAAACGAUUACUUGACAACAGAAAAGUUUUCAAAGAGUUGACGUCUAAUAUAUUUGAAUUUAUUCUAUCAUUGUGGGUUCUCCAAUUGGAACAAGUACAGGUGAUUGUCCAGGGACAGGGACAGGAUUCUGAUGUUCUUCUACUUGCUCUUGAUAAGAGCAAAUUGGCUGCUAAAGUUCUUCGUCUUUUGUUUCUUUAUGGAUUUCAAAGCUACGAUUGUGAAGAAGUGAAAACAUUUUUUAGAUUAGUGAUAGAUAAGACACCCGUGUUUCUGCAACUUCGAGCUCAACUGCCACAAGGAAGUAAAAGUCGACAUCACGCAGAAAAAACAACACUCGUCUUCAUCAAGAUGAUGAUUGAGAGUCAAGAAACUUUGCCUUUGGGGUAUGUAGUUUUUCUAAAGGAAAGUUUGGAAUACGUCACUCACUAUGUCAUUGAACAGAGAGUAUCUAACAUGUUGUUUGAGCAAUUUACUGUCUGCUGCUUUGUUCUGAUGAAGAACAUUUUGAAGUGUGACAAGUACCGUCCCCCCAGUGAUAGGGAUGAAACUGCAAGUGACAGUCGUAUUAUUGAUGGUCAUAAGGUCAAAAUGUCAUUCUUUACUUAUGAGAGACUUGUGCAAUUAUGCCAAACCAUUGUAUCUAACUACUUUCCUUUUUCAUGGGAGGAGCUGGAAGACUGGAAAAACGACCCUGAAGCAUUUGCCUUUCCUGAAGGUGGUGAUAUAUGGAAGUUCAGUUUGAGACCGUGUGUGGAAGUUGUCUUUAUGUCUCUUGUGUCCGAGUUUCGUGUGACAUUGUGCCCAGUUAUUGUUCAGAUGAUCAAUCAGGUUCAAGGUGAAGUGGAAUUGGCAGACAUGAACAACAUUUUAUUGAAAGAUGCAGUGUAUAAUGCUGCUGGACUUGUCUCAUUUGACUUGUUUGAUGACAUUGAUUUUGACAAAUGGUUUACAACUCAGUUGGUGCCUGAAAUUAAUCAGAGAGACCAACGGUCAAAUGUUUUGAGAAGACGAAUACUUUUAUUGAUUGGCCAGUGGGUUGGUGUGAAGAUGGCUGUUGAGCUGCGUCCUACUUUGUAUGAGUUGUUGCUGAGUUGUUUAGCACCUGGUGAAGAUUUAGUGAUUAGACUGACAGCCUGCAGGACACUGCAGGAUGCUAUUGAUGAAUUUAACUUCAGAACAGAACAAUUCUUUCCUUAUCUGGAACAAGGUUGUUGCCUUCUUUUCCAGUUGUUAUAUGAAACUGAAGAAUGUGAAAUUAAGAUGUAUGUUCUGCAGACGUUUUCACUAGUAAUUGAACGAGUUGGCCCUGAGAUCCAGCCCUAUACGUCAUCUCUAAUUCAGUAUUUGCCAGAAUUAUGGCAAAGAGCUGUUGACCACAACUUGCUACAGUGUUGCAUUGUUACAACAUUAAAAUGUCUUGUGCAAGCAAUAGCUGCAUUGUCAGUCAAUCUUCAUCCUCUUGUCAUUCCAAUAAUACAGUAUGGAACAGACCUGCAGAAGGAUGCCCAUGUGUACUUACUGGAAGAUUCACUUGAACUAUGGCACAUGACAUUGAUGUGUUCCCCCGAAUUGUCUGGUGACCUUCUUCAACUAUUUUCCAGUAUGUCCAGUUUACUAGAAUUAGGCACCGAGAAUUUGCGGAUUUGUUUGAAGAUUAUUGAAUCUUAUGUUUUAUUAGGGGCGGCACAACUUAUGCACUUGUACAGUGGUACACUUGUGCCCUCAUUCUGUAGUUUGAUAUGCAAUGUCAAACCAGAAGCAAUUAUCACUGUCAUGCAGGUUGUCAAUAGUGUCAUACUGAGUCUUCCUGAAGAAGGUCCAACUCUCCUAAAGCCUUUGCUAGUUAGAGUAUUUCAAAACAUGCUGCAAGACGAGGAUUAUCCUCCAGUUAUAAAUGCGUAUUUAUCAGUGUGGGCACUACUGCUGCUUCGAAAUGCAGGUUUCUUUUCUGAAUUUCUGAGUGAUAUGGCAGCACAGCUCCAACAACAAGAUACCCAACUCUUCAAUUCAUAUCUUGAUUUGUGGAUCGACAAGCUUGACACAAUGAGUCAACCUCAUCAGAGGAAACUGACGGCUUUAGCACUCUCAUCAUUGUUCACCAGUGGAAUCAGUGGAGUUACAGAGCGGUUUGCUGCUAUCAUUGAAGUGUGCAAUGUUGUGUUGCAUGAAGUACACCGAUGUGAUGAAAACGGAAUCGUGUCAGACUUCCUAAUCACUGCAUCAGUGGAUGCAAAUGAAUUUGAUGAUGAGGAUGAGACAGCAGAAGACACAAGAAAACGAUCAUUGUGUUUACAAAACCCAGCCCAUAUGAUCUCCCUUCGUGACCUCGUUGCCACUAAACUACGAGAACUACACACGGCAAUUGGUGACUCACCUUUCCAGUUGCUGAUGGAUACCGUAGAUGCAGAAAUAAAACAACAGCUUCAAGCAUUCCUAGAUGCCUAAUAUCUACCCACAUAGAAAUUAUACACACAGCUCUUCUUAUUUCGUUGUUGAGUCGACAGCAGCGCAGGCUCUUUUCAAUGAU